AUGAACGACAGUACGCCAAAUAUGUAUCAAAAAUUUGAUUGCACACGUGCACUAAGUCGAUGUGAAGCGUAUAAAAGAGAAAAGCAGCAAGGAACGAGUUUUAAUCUCUCGUCUAGCGUUGACCUGUUUCAAUGUCGUCGAUCGAUAAGAGUAGGCGUUAAGAGCGCAACUGCCCACUGCUAUCAGAGAAUGUCGACGGCACAGCAAUCGCUACGGGUUUUAUAA